AUGCCCUGCGACUUCUACCGCCACCCCGGUCACGAAGCAACGCCUGACUCUAGGAUCAAUCAUCCUCAGGACGACGUCGACGGGUUUCCCCACAUGUCGGGAAUCGAUAGCGGCGGGUACAUUGGCACUUCUAUGUCAGAAUGGAAAUUUGUCACCACUCGACUAGGCCAACCCUUCCCCUCCCCUCCUCCCUCCUUUGAGCCAUACCUCACGGAUUCCGAGCUCGAAGAAAUCCUCAACUCCAAUUUUGACGAACCACCCAUUGGAUCGCCCACCACACUCCUCAGAGUCUCCACAACUGUCCCCAACCCCUGCGCCCACGACGCCGACCCUCCGUCCUCGCCCUCCCCAGAAACCACCCCACCUUCACCCGCGCCCGCCACCCCCGUCCAGCCUCCUCGCGCGCCCACUCCGCCUCCACCAGCCGGGGCGCAGGCGCGACGUUCCCGACGGAAGCACACCGCGGACAGCGACGACGAGGAGUGGGUGGCCAAGCGUCCGCGAACGGCGCUGACGGACGUCGACACGAACUUCGUGCGCCGUUCCUCCCGGUUCGUGCGCCGAAGCAUCCCCCCGCGAGUGGCCGCGAGGUCGUCGAGCUCGAAGGCGGGACCGUCUCGCGUGCUUGACGCGCCGGUGGGGUUCGGGGAGGACGAAGAGAAGGAGAACGGGAUCGAUGAGCAGGAGGAUGAUAGCGAAGCCGAGUACGGGGAGCCUGAUCCCGCCGACAAGAAGGGAAAGGGAGUGGCGCGCGGGAGUGCGCGCGCUGCCGCGGCCACACGCGCGUUCAAGGGUAAAGGAAAGGUCACAAGCACCGCAGCGAAAGUGGUGAACAAAAAGAGUCGCAAGACGCACACGAUCUGCCGCGACUGUGCCGUGGUGGGUGAUGUAGAGUGCCCCUUCUACGGAUGUAACUUCGUCAACUCCGUCAAGAACAUGGUCGACGGCGCCGCCAACGAUCCAGCAGUCGGCACCGAGCGCUCCCUCCCAGAAGAAGACCAAGAAGACGAAGAAGGGGACGCGAAGAAGGAUGCGCCGGCACCAAAACCACUCUGGCCGUGCAAACUCGAGGGCUGCCAGCGUCAGUCGAGGCCCUACUCGGGCUACGAGAGCUUGCGGCGGCACCACGAGGAGGUCCACCUCAAGUGGAUGUUCUUGUGCCCAGUCCAGGGCUGUUCCGUCACCUGUACCCGCGAGGAUACCCUGAGGCGACAUGUCCUUCUAAUCCACAAGGAGCUAAACCCGGAAGGAGAGAACCCGGAGUCGCCCGAGGAUGACGAGAAUCCUACUGCGGGGAAGAAGCCGCCGCGCCGCACUGGGCCGUCGAAGAAGUGA